UCUUAACAAAGGAAAAGGAAAAACAACUUGAAAAUAUAACAGGAAAUUGUCUUAGUUCUAAGCUAUUGCUUUGAAUUAUAUAAAAACAAAUAUUUUAAACGGAUUUAAAUUAGUAUGUUCAAUUUUCUUAUUGAUGACUUUUAUUUUUGCUUGAUAAUAUUUUUCAAAUUAAAAAUUGGAAACAUAUAUAUAUGUAAUACAAUAAUAUGUAUUUGAUAUAUUUUAUUUGUUUCAUAAUAAGUGUCAUUCUAAUUUUUUUCUUGUUACACAAAAAUGUCACUUUACAAUUUCAAUGCAAAUUAUACUUACUUUCGGCUAAAAAUUAAUUACAAACUGCAUUGGUUUUAUAAAUAAUUUUAUUUAUUUCAAAUACUAUUGAUCCGAAAAAUGUAAUUAAUAACAACUUACAUAUAUUUCUACUACUUUUUUAGUCUAUGUGAAAAAUGUCAAAGUAACACUUAUUCAGAAACGAAUGGAGUAUAUAAUAGUAUUUCCUGCUAGAAAAUAUAAUAAUUCAUAUUUUAAUAACUAUAUAUAAAAUUAUAGUUAAUUAAAUUAAAUUAGAUAUAUAUAAUAAUAAUAACAAAAGAAACCAAUGUAGAUCAUUUUACUUAUUUACUAAUCACUUUUGCUUAUCUGUUGUUUAUCAAUAUUUAAAAAAUAUAAUAUUAUAUAUUUUGUCUUUUGCUUAUCUGUUGUUUAUCAAUAUUUAAAAAUAUAAUAUUAUAUAGUAUUUUGUAACACAAAGCUAUGUAUCUGAUUAUAAUAAAAAAAAGAACACACAUUUAUCAUUUUAUAACAUUUAGACCCUAAACCGAGCUAGCUCCAAAAACCCUCCUUUGAGUCCACUGGGAGACAAAGAGACGAAGACGAGACCUUGAUCUCUGAAUGUUGAGAAAAACUCUAACUUUACUCCCACCACGAAGAAGACCCUUCUCUUCUUCUUCUUCUUCUUCUUCUUCGCCUAAACCCCUAACCCAACUCCAAAGAUCCUCCUUUCAAUCCUCUCUCCGCAAUUCCCUAACCUCCCACGACUCCGAUCAAGCAUGGAAGCUCUUCCGCUCCUUCGCCGCCGCUUCUUCCCUCCCGGACAAGCCUCUCCUCAACUCCCUCAUCACCCACUUAUCCUCCUCCCUCCACGCCGGCGGCGACACGCUUCUCAGGCACAGGCUCAAGCGCGCCUUCGUCUCCGCCGCUUACGUCAUCGAGAAAGAUCCCACCUUUCUCGAGUUCGACACUCUCCUCACGCUUCUCCAGUCCAUGAAACUCGCCAAAGCUGCAUCCCCCGCGUUGGCUUUGGUGGAGUGUAUGUUCAAAAACAGGUUCUUUGUUCCGUUUGAUCUCUGGGGAGGUUUGGUUAUCGAUAUCUGCCGCGAAAAUGGAAGUUUGACUUCGUUUCUUAAAGUGUUUAAGGAGAGCUGUAGAGUUGCGAUCGAUGAGAAGCUUGGUUACAUGAAACCUGGUUUGGAAGCGUGUAACGCGGCUCUUGAAGCGUGUUGUUUGCAGAUGGAGUCUCUAACCGAUGCUGAGAGUGUGAUUGAGUUGAUGGCUGUGAUGGGUGUGAAGCCUGACGAGUCCACCUUUGGGUUUCUUGCUUACUUGUAUGCAAGAAAAGGGCUUAAGGAGAAGAUAAAGGAGCUUGAGAGUUUGAUGGAUGGUGGUAGUAAGAGAGUUCUUUACUCAAAUUUGAUCAGUGGAUAUGUGAAAAUUGCUGAUUUAGAUAGUGUUUCUGAUGUUGUACUACAAAGUCUUAAACGAGAUUGUAGUUUCGGUGAGGAAACGUAUUGUGAAAUUGUGAAAGGGUUUAUAGAGAGUAAAAGGGUAAAGAAUUUAGCAAAACUGAUAAUUGAAGCUCACAAGUUGGAGUCUCUGUCUACUGAAUCUGAAAAGUCAGUUGGUUUUGGUAUUGUAAACGCUUGUAUUGAUCUUGGGUUCUCUGGUAAAAGUAUACUCGAUGAGAUGGAUGCUCAGGGAGGAUCUGGCGGGAUUGGUGUGUAUGUACCAAUCUUAAAAGCCUAUUGCAAAGAGAACAGAACAGCUGAAGCUACUCGGCUGGUUAAAGAGAUCAGCAGCUCUGGAGUUCAGCUAGAUGUUGAGACUUAUAAAGCUUUGAUCGAAGCUUCCAUGACCAAACAGGAUUUUGUAUCUGCGCUGACAUUGUUUAGGGACAUGAGAGAGACAAGAGUGGUGGAUUUGAAAGGGAGCUACUUAACAAUCAUGACAGGUCUCCUUGAGAAUCAGAGACCAGAGUUAAUGGCAGCGUUCGUGGAGGAAGUUUUGGAUGAUCCUCGAGUAGAAGUGAAGUCACAUGAUUGGAACUCGAUUAUUCACGCCUUCUGUAAAUCCAAACGCCUAGAAGACGCAAAGAGGACUUUCAGAAGGAUGGUGUUCCUUCAGUAUGAGCCGAACCACCAGACUUACUUGUCGUUGAUCAAUGGAUAUGUGAGCUGCGAGAGGUACUUUGAGGUUGUGGUGUUGUGGAAAGAGGGGAAAGCAAAACUGGACCAUGCUCUUGCGGAUGCGUUCUUGAAUGCGUUGGUCAAGGGAGGGUUCUUUGGCACGGCGAUGCAAGUGGUGGAGAAGUGUAAGGAGAUGAAGAUAUUCGUGGAUAAGUGGAGGUACAAGGCUGCGUUCAUGGAGGCUCUGAAGAAGCUUAGAUUGCCAAAGUUGAGGAAGAGGAAGAUGAAGAAGGUUGAGUUUCUUGAUGCCUUUAGGAACUGGGUUGGUAUUACCACAUGAAUAAUUCUCUCAAAGACCUUAAACUUGUCUGUUGAUGUCUCUUGGACAUACAUAAAUCUCAAAGUAAACUGUAGUAUCUUUGGUUCAAAGAAGUCUGAAAUUCAAAACAUUAAAUUGAAUCUUUGUCAAAUUGUUUAACUUUGCACCUUCUCUAUACUUUUAUACCAAAUAACACUUAAGAUUUCAA